AUGGUGCUGCAACUGCUGGCGUUGAGUGGGGAAGAAAUCCAGGUGGAAUUGUCAGAUGCGCAGAGCAUGAAAGAUGUGAGGGCGCGUGUGGCUGCCAAGUUGGGCUGCGAUGCUGGAGCAGUGCUGAUGGUUCCUUCGGAUGGCACCGAAGUGGUGAAGGAUAGCCAAGUGGUGGACAGCUGUGGCGCCCUGACCGUGAUCAACCAGUCCUUCGAUUCGAGGUUAAUUAGACUUCACAUCGAAGAGUCCAAACAGUACUCACCAAGGCAGGCCUCAACCUUGUUCUACAAAACCUCCCAGCUUCUGUAUGACGGCAACAUGGUGUGGGAGCGGCAAGAUCGUCAGAUUUGCGAUGAGAUGGGAUACCGCGGCCGCACCCACGACGUCUACUUGUCCGAGUGUGGCCAGUUGCUCUUUUGCCGCUCAGGAUUCCUACGACGCAGAGGCGUCCCAGAAUACGAGCCGACCAAGGCCAUCCAGAUCCAACAUCUUCUCCAGAAGCGCGGCUUUCGUUGA